AUGUGUCGUGCCGUAGAUGAACGAGACAACGUCUACGCCCUGCUGAGCCUGGCGUCCGAUGCUGCAUCCACGGGAAUCCUCCUGGACUAUCGUAUCAGACCACUGUCACACGUGUACACCACUGUGGCGCGUGGAAUGCUGCAAGGUAAACCAUUUGACUGGAUGAAGAAAUCAUACCUUGCGUGGCGCGAGCAUGGGAGAAGAUUUGUUCAGCUGCUUGACGCUCGAGAAGCUGGAGAAGAGGCGGUGGCUGAGUUCAUGGCGAACACCCUACAUGACACUGGUUCGCAGCCGACUUUCCUUGACGGCGGUAUUGUAGUGGGUGAUUUUGACCAGCCCUUACCCUGCCAGAACAGGCGUCUUGCUUGGACUUCCUGCGGAGCAUUGGCUCUCGUGCCGCGGUUCACUGCGCCAGCGGAUAUCCUCUUCAUAGCUGAGGUGGCUCCUGCCCCUUCGGCUUUACGGCAUGUUGAGCAUGACCGGUAUUUGAUGCUCGGAGGAUCAUACAUCCAGGGAUAUAUGUUUGGCGAGGCAUGGACGGAUGAGAGGUUGAAAGAUAUGCACGAAGUUGUACUUUCAUGA